AUCUGUUGAAAAUUGUUUGCUCCAACGUUAUUGUCCUCAUUCAUCACUGCAUGGGAAAAGUGGAGAGCAGAACCCUGCUUACACAUGAUGACUAUUACCCUGAGUAUGUGCCAGAUCGUCAGCCAUGGAACAUUGCCCGCAGCCUCUGCCUCCAGCGUUCAGGGUCCUUUGUGAUGGUGUCCAGUACUGAAGAGAUUCAAAAGCUGAACAGUUUUCUGCGAUCCCUAAAUAUCACCCAACCCGUAUGGAUAGAAAGUGCAGGCAUGCUUCAAAAAACUGGUCCUCCAGACAUAUACAUGCUGGAAUUUCCAAUGCGUCCGCACCGGAAAUCAGCUCGCCUACGCCACAAGUUCCCUAACAUGGAAGCGCUUACGGUUUGCGCUCACCUCCAGCUUGAUCCCACUUGCCAAGGACUUUCCAUAGUCUUCUCAUACGCCAUUCAGUCGUUCAUUAAAGAAUUCCAACUCCAAGCACAAAUCACCAGGAACGAACCGGUCCACCUUGCAUUGCUAGUGCAUGGUUCAAACACCUCCUACAUAACUGGCUUUCCCAACGAUGCUUCCUGGCACUUUGUAUGCACGAGUUGGGACGGGAAUACCGGGGAGUGGGUCAUCUGGGUGGAUGGAGCGGUUGUGGGUUCUGGGAAUUCCCUCAACUCAACCAGUCACAUCGGAGGCGAUGGCCUUUUCAUGAUUGGACAAGACCAGGAGACCUACGGGGGCUACAAUAACGACAAGGCGCUUUGUGGGAACGUUACGCAGCUGUACAUGUGGGAUCGUUUCUUGGUCAAAUCUGAAAUCCAAAGCAUGGAAAAACUUUGCUCAGCCGUCCCUUUUGGUUUGUUCUUCAAGUGGAAUGAGUCUGCGCUGGAAAUAGAGACGUCCCUGCAGACACGUAGAGGGAACUCGCCAUGUCAAGGUUCCAAAAUCCAACCACGAGACCAGCUGGUCAUCUCUGGGUUGGAUCCAAGUCUGCAUCACAAUCUUUCCUUCAAUUCUAACAAAACCUGUGUAGCCUUUGACCCUGCAAGUGGAAAACCCAUUAAUAGCUUAUGUACUACUCACAGAGGAAGUGUUUGCCUGUUCCCAAAAGGUGAUCACCUGCUUUAUGACAUUCUGAAGCUCUAG